UCAGGCUCAGUGUGUUGAAAGGAAAUGCUCAUGCACAAGCCUGGGGUUGGAGAUGAUGAUGCUGAUGUGGAUUACAUUGGUGCUUUUUAGUCAAACCGGUUCUGCACAAAAGAACGUCCUCCAUCAGCCAAACUCUGUGAUCACUGCUGCUUCUGGUGAAAACGUGACUCUACAGUGCAUUCGAACGAACAAAAAAAGCACCGAUCCUAUUAUUUGGUACAAACAAGCAGCAGGACACGAGCCUUGUGUAAUUGUCACAAUUCAAAAACUAGCACCAAAUCCUAUUUUUGAAGAUGAGUUCAAAUCCCCGAGGUUUAAUGUUGAGAAUUUAAAAGAAAGCUGCAAUUUGAAAAUUAAUAACGUGGAACCGUCAGAUGAAGCCAUGUAUUACUGCGGAAUAAAGAUAUUUACAAUACAGUUUGGGAAAGGAACAUUUUUAUCAGUGAAAGAUGACAGAGAUGUAAAAGUGAGUGUGAGGCAGAGCGGCGUGUUGGACUCGGUUCCUGCAGGAGCCUCAGUGACUCUGCAGUGCUCGGUUCUCUCUGAGAGCAGAGCAGCAGAACUCCAAGUGCUCUGGUUCAGAGCUGCUCCACCACAAUCCCAUCCUCAAAUCAUUUACACUCAUCACAACAGCAGCCAUCAGUGUGAGAGCGACUCUUCUACACACACCUGUGUGUACAACUUCUCCAAGAACAUCCUCAGCCUCAAUGAUACUGGAAGUUACUACUGCGCUGUGCUCCUGUGUGGGAAGAUCAUCUUCGGGAACGGGACACUAAUAAAAUUGAAAGAAUCUGUGGAUGCUGUAGUGAUCUGCCUCACUGUAGCUUUAGGAGUGUGUGCGCUUGUGAUCUCUGUACAAGCGCUUUUAAUCUGUAACCAGAGAAACCACAAACAGCACACAAAAGGAGAAACCACUGUGAAAAGAUCUAAUCAAACAAACUCUCAGGACCAUGAAUUUGAGCUGAAUUAUGCUGCCUUACAUUUUAAUAAAAAGAAAACCAAAGGAGGGACAAGAACGAGAAAACAAACUCAAGAACCUUUGUACUCUGAUGUCAGGUCUCUCACUGCUAUGUAGAACGUACUUCAUCAAUCAUUUAUUUUGUUUAUUAAAUGUAAGUUUUUUUAAUUCUGAUCAGAAAUAAAGUGUAAUAAAGUAAAACUGUUCAAAGACUCACAUCCAAGAACAUCAUGAUAUCGUCGCUGUCGGGCGGAAACCUCGUAUGUCCAAAUUUGGUCAAUUUCAUAUUUUUUCACAUAUAUUUUAUCCAUGCUAUUGUUCAGUCCCCACGUGGGUCUGUUAUUUUUACAAGUUAUUAACCAAUCUAAAGUCUUGAAAAUAGCUUGAGCGCAAAUCUCAUAACUCCAUUGGACACUUCAACUGUCCACCUCUUCCUCACUCCAGAGUCGCAACGAAUCAACACGUCUUCUGAGGUAAAUGUCUUCAAAACACUGGGCUCAAAGAAAAAGAAAAUCUUGACCCCCCCGCUAGUUCUGGUGCUCAUCUGAGGACAGGAAUUUAGCGCAAGACAAUCCACUGCAACGUGGACUAAACCCUGUGCACUGCAGAUUAGGUACGGCGUUUUUUUUAAUUUCCUGAAACAUAACGGUUUUGGAAAUACGAGGUUUCUGCCCGACAGCGACGAUAUGAUAUACAUCUGAAUGGGAAGCUAGAAAGAGCUCUAGCAUGUUCUAGUUUUGUUUCUAAGCUUUUAUGUAUUAGUUUGAAGAAAAUGUAUUGGGUAUAAAAUAAACGGAGCCAAUCGAGGCUUCUGUUGGAA